UAGUUUGGGGACCCCAAGGUAGCCGGAUAAUUUCUGCUGCAGGAGGCCGAGCUGCCUCCCGGCUCCCGUCGGGAAUCUGGGAAGCGUAGACCAGGCGGGCUCGGCAGCGUAGCCACUUCCGUCCCAGGUGUGGGAGGCCGCGGCCUGCACAUCUCGCAGGAAGGUUUUCGCUGAGUCUCUGCGUUGCCCAGGCUGGACUCGAACGUGAUUCUCCUGCCUCAGCCUCCCAUCGUGCAGAGAUUACAGUUCUUUCUCUUCCAUCAAUGGCCUUGAACUCAUCCCAGAACGUUCAUAACAUAACAGACUUUGAGGCAGAACUCACAGAAUUAAACUUGUGGACUCCAGAUCCUUGCAAGGGUCAGCGCUGAGCAGCUUUUCACAGGGCUCUGACCUUCCCUAGGAAAAGGAGGAAAAAAUGACCGAGUUCCAGGAGGCGGUGACCUUCAGGGACGUGGCCGUGGUCUUCAGCGAGGAGGAGCUGGGGCUGCUGGACUCUGCCCAGAGGAAGCUGUACCGGGACGUGAUGCUGGAGAACUUCAGGAACCUGCUCGCCGUGGCACAUCAGCCCUUCAUACCAGACCUGAUAGCCCAGCUGGAGAGAGAAGAGGAGCUUUUGAUGGUGGAGACAGAAACCGAAGGAGGUGAUCAUGCAGGAAGCAACAUUCAACAUAAGGAGCAUAUUCAAGAAGUGGAGUUAAGUUACCUUUUCCCCAAAGAGCUUUCCUCCUGCCAGACCUGGAAACAAGCUGAUUCCAUGAAAAACUUUCAGGGAAAGAAUCUUCAGUUGUCAAAACAAGGUGAUUCUCCCUGCCAGAUCUGGGCGGGAAUGCCAAUGCAGAUUUCUGAAGAUGGGAACUAUGUAGUGGGUGAUUCUAAUUACGUUACAAGUCAAGAGUUUCCAUGCGUGAGAGCCCAGCACUCUUGGAGGAAAAUGUAUCUACCUGAGGCCCAUAAUCCUCUGUGUAAAUGCCCACAGAUCUCCAUGAAAAAUAAUUUCGGUAAGGGUGAGAGUGUCAGUUGGAUUUCACAUCGCAGUGAUAAUCUGGGAGUACCCAGAAAUGAAAAAAGCUACAGUUGCAGUGACUGUGGAGAAGAUAUCCUGGACGUAGCAUUUCUCAAUCAGAGCCAAAUCCAGGCAGAGCAGAAGCCCUGCCCGUGUACUGCGUAUGGAGAAGACGUCAGUGAUGACCGUGGCCCUGAGGUUCAGCAGCAGCUGUGCCUAGCAGGGAAGCCCUGCAUAUCCAGUCCAUAUGGAAGGGGCUGUAAUUGUAAGUCAGUUCUUCAUAGCCGUCCAAGUGUUCAGAGAGGUGAGGGUGGUGAGGGCUUGCAUCCGCAGUCCCAGCAGAGAUCAUGCCCAGAGAAGUCAUGUACAUGUGGUAUAUAUGGCCGGAAGGUCCAUCAGCGCCCCUCUCUCAGCAAUUACGAACUCGCCCACACUGGAGAAAUAUCCUGGAGGUGCAAAGUUUAUGAGAAAGCCCUCAGUCGCAGCUUAGACCUUAGAAAUAUUUUUAGGGUCCAUACUAGGGAGCGAUCCUGUGAAUGCGAGGAGAAUGGGAACAUUUUAAAUCAGAACUCAUGUCUUGGCGUUGAUCAGCAUCAGAAUUUCCACACUGAAGAGAAACUGUACACCACUAUGGAGUAUGGAAAGGGUUUAAUUAGUAGUUCAUAUCUUAACGGCCAACAUCCACUUCACAUGGGGGAGAGUCCGUAUCAUAUUGAGGAGUGUGGUAAUGACUUCAGCCUGGCCUCGCAUUUUCAGGGCUUUCCGAUAGCCCACCCCAGGGAACAACCACAUAAACGUUACGUAUACAGUAACAGCUUCAGUCAAAAUUCAUGUAUUCAAGACCAUCAGAAGAUUCCCAUUAGAGAAAAACCUUAUAAGGAGCGUGGGAAUGGCUUCGACUGGAGUUUGAAACUUAAAAAUCAUCAGAAAGCCCAUGCUGGACAGAAACCACACAAAUGCAAUGUCUGUGGCAAAAGCUUCAGUCAUAGGUCGGUUCUGAAUGUUCAUCAGAGAAGCCACACAGGAGAAAAGCCUUAUAAAUGUGAGGAGUGUGACAAGGGAUUCAGCCGGAACUCGUACCUCCAAGCGCAUCAGCGAGUCCACUCUGGGGAGAAACCGUACAAGUGUGAGGAGUGUGGGAAAGGCUUCAGUCGCAGUUCCUACCUUCAGGGCCAUCAGCGAGUACACACCGGAGAGAAGCCAUAUAAGUGUGAGGAGUGUGGGAAGGGCUUCAGUCGGAGCUCACACCUCCAAGGCCAUCAGAGAGUGCACACUGGAGAGAAACCAUUCAGAUGUGCGGAAUGCGGGAAGGGCUUCAGCUGGAGCUUUAAUCUUCAGAUUCAUCAGCGGGUUCACACAGGAGAAAAACCUUACAAGUGUGCAGAAUGUGGUAAAGGCUUCAGUAAAGCCUCCACUCUCCUGGCCCAUCAGAGGGUCCACUCAGGCGAGAAGCCAUACCAGUGUAACGAGUGUGGCAAGAGCUUCAGUCAGAGAUCCUACCUUCAGAGUCACCAGAGCGUCCACUCUGGAGAGAGACCGUACGUCUGCGAGGUGUGCGGGAAAGGCUUCAGUCAGAGAGCGUAUCUGCAAGGCCAUCAGAGAGUCCACACCAGAGUGAAACCGUAUAAAUGCGAGAUGUGUGGGAAGGGCUUUAGUCAGAGUUCACGGCUGGAGGCGCACCAGAGGGUGCACACGGGAGAGAAACCAUACAAAUGUGAGCUGUGUACAAAGGGCUUUAGUGAGAGUUCACGCCUUCAGGCCCAUCAGAGGAUUCACGCAGAAGGGAGACCCUAUAAAUGUGAACAGUGUGGGAAGGGUUUCAGUGGGUACUCAAGUCUUCAGGCCCAUCACAGAGUCCACACUGGGGAGAAACCUUACAAGUGUGAGGUGUGUGGGAAGGGCUUCAGUCAGAGGUCAAACCUCCAAGCCCAUCAGAGAGUGCACACUGGGGAGAAGCCUUAUAAAUGUGAUGCGUGUGGGAAGGGCUUCCGCUGGAGCUCGGGUCUGCUGAUUCACCAAAGAGUCCAUAAUGGUGAUAAGUUCUAUACAAGGGAAGAGGACAGCAAGGUGUAUUCUUCCUCAGAGCAGCUACACUGAAAUGAAGGCUUGUAAAAUGGUGUCCUGGUUUGCUCUGAAGUCCUCAGGAGGGAGCUGCAGAGUUCCAGCCCCUGGAGUACUUGUAGUAUGUGUGCUGCCGAAGUGAGCACACCCAAGUUCUUUUAGUAGAAAAAUAAUUGUUUUAAAUGAAAAUGUAACGUGUCUUCCAACUUCAGUGUCUCAUGGUUAGGAGGCCACACCACAGAGGCCUUUGAUGAGAGGAGUUCUAUAACAGAUUUUGUCAAAACUUUCCCGAGUUUCUGCACAGGAGCUAGGGCUCCUAAGUAUGAGUAUGCUGAGGAAUGUAACAGAAUUACAGUGAUGAACAUGCCAAACUUACGUCCAAUGGCAUGUAGCUCGAUGAGAUUUUGCUCACUGUUAAGUCUACAAAACUAUUAAUAUUUUGCAACUUACAAUAAGUACUCAAUACUUACUGACUAAAGUAUGGAAAGGUAUAAUACUGAAAAUUUUAUUCAGCUAAUUUCGAAAACCUCAGUGGGUUUGGAAGAGGAAUUAUGCAGAUGCUCUCAGUAUUACUUCAAGGAUUAUUUGAAAUGUAGGCAGCGAGCGGUAUUGCAUGGGAAGUGACAUGAAUUGGGUUGUAACCCUGCUGGUACUGGUUCCCGUCAUUUGUCCCAUCCUAAGGAAGGUGAGCCGAGUUUCUAACAUGUGGUCCCUUUCUGUGAGUACACAGUCAAUGUAAGUUUACCUCUGUGAGUGUGUGUACUUGUAUGCACUUUAAAUGACAAUGCAAACUGAUUAACAGUGUUUCUGGGUAACUUUUCAAAAAACGGAAUGCUGCAUUUUACAUAGUUACAUUUUUACUUCUGCCCUCUGUUUUAAGGCAGUUUUACUGUAACAUUUGGAAAAUGUCAGAAGUGUUACUAAUAACAAAUAGUUUUAAAUAAAUGUCAAAGUUCUACUGC